AUGUGCAGUGGGCAGCGUGUGUGUCAGCCGUGUGGUAAUGGUAUCCACUACUCGCCUCAGCAGUUGAGUCUGCGCUCCACGCGUGGGCAGCGUGUGUGUCAGCCGUGUGGUAACGGUAUCCACUACUCGCCUCAGCAGUUGAGUCUGCGCUCCACGCGCGUCUCCAUAACGGACCUGCAGGCCCACACCAACUACACCUUCGAGAUCUGGGCCGUCAACGGGGUGUCGCCGCAGAGCCCCGCCCCCCAGCAGGCCGUCUCCGUCACCGUGACGACCAACCAGGCCGCUCCCUCUCCAGUCUCCUCUAUUCAGGCUAAGGAUAUCUCUCGCCACGCCGUCUCUCUGUCCUGGACGCAGCCUGAGCGGCCCAACGGGGUCAUACUGGAGUACGAAGUCAAGUACUACGAAAAGGACCAGAAUGAGCGUAGCUACCGCAUCAUGAAGACUGUGGCGCGCGCGGCGGACAUCAAGGGCCUGAACCCCCUCACCAUCUACGUCUUCCACGUCCGCGCCCGCACCGCCGCCGGGUACGGAGACUUCAGCAACCCCUUCGAGUUCAUGACCAACUCAGUGCCGUCUCCCAUCAUAGGUGAUGGUGCCAACUCCACGGUGCUGCUGGUGUCCGUCGUGGGCAGCGUCAUCCUCCUCCUGGUCUUCAUCGCCGUCUUCGUCAUCAGCCGCAGGAGGAGUAAGUACAGCAAGGCCAAGCAGGACUCAGAUGAGGAGAAGCACCUCCAUCCAGGCGUGCGUAUCUACGUGGACCCGUUCACCUAUGAGGACCCAAACCAGGCGGUGCGGGAGUUUGCCAAGGAGAUCGACGCCUCCUGCAUCAAGAUCGAGAAGGUCAUCGGCAUCGGUGAGUUUGGGGAGGUGUGCAGUGGCCGUCUGAAAAUGCCCGGUAAGCGUGAGAUCUGUGUGGCCAUCAAGACCCUGAAGGCGGGAUAUACCGACAAGCAGAGGCGGGACUUCCUGUCGGAGGCCAGCAUCAUGGGCCAGUUCGACCACCCCAACAUCAUCCGAUUGGAGGGAGUCGUCACCAAAUGUAAGCCCGUCAUGAUCAUUACAGAGUACAUGGAGAACGGAUCCCUCGACGCCUUCCUACGGAAGAAUGACGGGCGCUUCACGGUGAUCCAGUUGGUCGGUAUCCUGCGUGGCAUCGCGUCGGGCAUGAAGUAUCUGUCGGACAUGAGCUACGUGCACCGCGACCUGGCCGCGCGCAACAUCCUGGUCAACUCAAACCUCGUCUGCAAGGUGUCCGACUUCGGCAUGUCCAGAGUCCUGGAGGAGGACCCAGAGGCCGCAUACACCACACGGGAAAUAACGGGAACCUAUCAAUCUCAGGGAGGGAAGAUCCCGAUUCGCUGGACGGCCCCCGAGGCCAUAGCCUACAGGAAGUUCACCUCCGCCAGCGACGUCUGGAGCUACGGCAUCGUCAUGUGGGAAGUGAUGUCAUACGGCGAGCGGCCAUACUGGGACAUGAGCAACCAGGAC